UCCCUCGACCCCGCCAGGAUGAGAUCUCGCCAGGCAGUCCCUAUUGAAGGCAAUUGAUCGCUUCUCCGGAACCAUGGUCGAAGAACAUGGCGCUUCGGAGCAGCUUGGAGGCAGUGUGGAAUUCUGCACAAUGGGCAUGUUCAUCCUUGACGAUAUAGAUUUCGACGGGACGAGGCCCAAUGUAAAAAAUGUGCUUGGAGGUGCAGCGUCUUUUGCCGUCGUUGGCGCUCGUCUGGUGGCGGGACAGGCGCAUUCGCAGGCUGUGAGCUGGAUUGUCGAUGUUGGCUCCGACUUCCCUCCGGAGGUUCUCAGCGUUAUUAAGUUGUGGAGUACCAGCUGCGUAAUAAGAGAAGACCCGAGCCGAUUGACCACCAGAGCCUGGAAUGGGUACGGCGCAAACGAAAAACGGGACUUCAAGUACCUGACCCCAAAGCUGCGGUUGGAACCGGAAAUGCUGUCUGAAUCUCAGGUAUUCUCAAAGACCUUCCACAUGGUCUGCUCCUCUUCGCGUUGCAUCUCAAUUGUGCAGACUGUCUUGCGCCGACGGGAGGAGCUACGACGAACAGGUAAAGCUCCCCCUUUCGAGCACGCUACGAGAAGACCCAUCUUUGUUUGGGAGCCCGUCCCGGAUCUAUGUACGCCCGAAGAGCAGGAGAGAUUUCUCGCUGCAAACCGAGUAGUAGAUGUGGUGAGCCCCAACGAACUGGAACUUGGGAUGAUGUUCGGCCAGCCUGGUUGGAGCGAAGAGGCCAACUAUGGAAAGGACAUCGUCAGGAAGAUCCUUGAAUCAGGCAUCGGGCCUGAUGGGAACGGGCAUUUGGUUAUCCGCGCGGGCAAAGACGGCAGCUACUCUUACUCUAGAACACAGAGAAUCUGGCUGCCCGCUUAUCAUCAGCCCAGCCCUUCAGGGGCGUCGGCGGUGGUCGACCCCACUGGUGCAGGCAAUUCUUUCCUGGGGGCUCUAACACAAGGCAUGACCAGUGCAGGAAGGGAACCGGCCAAUCUUGUCGAGUCGGUGCUCGCAGAUUCUACGGCAUGGCAGCAAGCAGUUAAGACUGAUGCACGGUAUAACCAUGUCUUGACGGCCUUGAUUUUCGCUACUGUUGCGGCGAGUUUCGUGGUGGAGCAGAUCGGAGUGCCUCGCAUGUCUACAGAUAGCGAUGGGAGGGAGCUCUGGAACGAAACUGAGUUCACGGAACGGGUCCGUCUGUACACACAGCGCCUGUAUCGAACAUUGGAAGAGUCUCCCCAGAAGCACUUUCAGAUCAACUGACCGUUUGAAGAACGCCCUUCUAUUGUCGUACAGCCCACAAUCUUAUGAAACAAAAACCUGUCAUGCCAUAGAAAACCACCACAGUUGUCCAUUUUCCCCGGACUACCUCUGCAUUCCGUUGCCGAUCUAUGACUCGUUCUUAGCGGCCUGCU